UGUUGAUCCAACGUUAUGGGUCGUCCAAUAUGCAAUAAGAAAAGAUUUAAAAAUGGAAAUCAUUCAGGUUCAUAUAAACUCAAUGCUUCUAGACGACAUUGUUCUUACACACCAAUUCGUAGUUUAUGCAUUCCUAGUAAAAGUCUUCAGUCGAUAGGUGGUGAUGUAGACUUUUUCUGUGAACAUACUGUAGAAUUUAUGGAAUCUGGUAAAACAUGUAACAUAAUCGCUGCAGAACUAGCUGAACAAAGCAUUUACUUUGAACGUCUUUUAAAAUAUCAUAGAGGACAGGGAAAUAUACGACUACCAGAGUUUCUAAAUUUUGGCUUCUCUUCAAUUAUAGAAUAUAUAUAUGAAGGUGAUACGGAGAUUAAUCAAGACAAUGUUUAUCACAUAUUCGUAGCAGCGGAUUUCCUUUUAUUACCGAAGUUGAAACAACGAUGCACAAAUCUAUUAAAAGAGAUUACAACAAUUGAUUUUUCUACUGCAAUCGACAUGUGGUUAAAUUAUAAAUCAUCCUAUUGGCCUGAACUAGGUUCAAUGGCAUAUCAAAGGAUUUUAGAAAAUUUUGAAAAAAUAUGGCACACAUCGCAUUUCAGAAAAUUAAGUGCAAACCACAUUCGUCAAAUUCUUCAUGAAGAUGCUUUAAAUUGCAAACAUGAAAAGAAUAUAUUUCACGCAGUUAUUCAAUGGAUUAGUGAAGAUUUGGAAACACGUAUAGAAUAUUCAUUGGAGUUAUUGUUAUGUAUCCGGCUUGGUAUGCUAUCAUCCACCGAAUUAGAUGAUAUAAAGAAGCAUGAUUUAAUUCAAAUUAUUCCAGAAUAUUUAGAUUUGUUGAACCAAUGGCCAAAUUGCUUGACAACUACUAAUAAUCGUAUCAUUAAUGCUUAUGGGCAACGGUUUAUUACGCCAAGACUACCGCAUCAAAUCGUUAUGGUUUUUGGCGGAUGGCGUGAUGGUGAGGGUCUAGUGUCAGCAGUACAAGUAUAUAAUCCAACAGCGAAAUCUUGGACAUUAUGGACACAUAAUAGUCAGCAAUUCCUCAUGCCAACUAAUCAACAGUGGAAUUUAUUGCAAAUUCCACUCACUUUCACGAUUACCAAUUCACAAGCAAAUCAAUCACAGAACGCUGUGGAUACUUUUAUUCGAAUCAACAACUUUCAGAGCUUGCUACCACCAGAUGAGAUUGUUUGUGAAGGGAAUCGAAGUGAACUGCCGCUUGAUAAUAAUCCAAUCAUGAAUACAACUCGUGCUAAUCUGAUUGGUGAGUUUCCUAAACGUGUUUACGCCGGUUGUGUACUGAUAGGAACACGAGUUUAUGUCAUUGGAGGGUUUGAUGGAGAUCGUGCUCUCAAGUCUACUUUGUGCUAUGAUUUCGAAAUAGAAUCUGGUUGGUAUGAAGCAAGUUGCAUGUAUGAGAAUCGUUAUUACGUCAGUGUCACAUAUGCGAAUGGAUAUAUCUAUGCAAUUGGAGGUCAUAAUGGCGAGCAUGGAGGUCGUUUAGACUCUGCAGAAAGAUAUAUCGUGGAUGAAAAUUUAUGGCAAACUAUAUCUUCAAUGAAUCGAAUACGUAGUGAUGGGUCAGCUGGAGAAUUACAUGGGAAAAUAUAUGUGAUUGGUGGAUUUGAUGGUCGGCAUUAUCAUGAUUCAGUGGAAUAUUAUGAACCGAUGACGGAUCAAUGGACCUUAAUAAAUCGAAUGAAUUCACCGAGAGGUGGUGUAUCACUUAUUCAACAUAAUGAUUACUUAUACGCUAUUGGUGGAAACAAUGGAAAUGAUCGGUUGAAAUCCAUUGAAAGAUAUGAUCCGAAGAAAAAGAAAUGGGAAAUAAUUGGAGAAAUGACUCAAAGUAGAAGUAAUUCAUCCACUACCGUUAUUGAUAAUGAAAUAUAUAUACUAGGUGGAUGGUCUGGUGAACCAGCAUCUGGUAUUUUGGAUCAAGUCGAAUGUUUUAAUGUGAUUAGUUGUGAGUGUCGAAUUGUACAAUCUCUAAUAUAUCCACUCAGUGCUUCAUGUGCGUGUACACUGAAAGGCUAUAAUUUGGUAAAAAAAUAUAUACAACCAUUGUCAAUUGCAUCAUCUCAUUGUAUAGAUAAUUUCAGUCUCGUAUGUUAAGAAGAAGUAGAAGACGAUGAUGACGACGAUGAUGGCGACGAUGAUUAUGGAACAAUCGGAGAUAAUUCUGAUGCAUUAUCAUUACUAUCAACAACUAUUUAUUAUUCUAUCACUCAUCGUUAUGGUGUUCAUCAUAACCAUUGUAAUAAUAAUAAUAAUGUUAUUAUUG